GCACCUGGCUCAGGUAUCGGUGAGAGAGCGGAGGAAGGAGACGGAUCGGAUUCUAUCGGCCGGGGAUAAACUACUCGAUCGUUCGGAGCCCCCCCCCCCCCCCCAGCAGCAGCGAGGAGUAGGGGCCCCUGUGUGUCCCUGAGCUUGUACUUACCCCCCCUAGUGCAGGGGCAAAGGACUCCUACCUACCCCCACACUCCAACCCCCCAGGGAUGGCCAACUCCGGGCUGCAGCUGCUGGGCUUCGUACUGGCGCUGCUGGGAUGGAUCGCACUAAUCGCAGCGACUAUUAUGCCGCAGUGGAAGAUGUCCUCCUAUGCCGGGGACCAGAUCAUCACGGCGGUGGCGAUUUACCAAGGGCUGUGGAUGUCUUGCGCCACCCAGAGUACGGGGCAGAUUCAGUGCAAAGUCUAUGACUCCCUACUGCAGCUGGACGCAUCUCUGCAGGCCACGCGGGCACUCAUGGUGGUCUCCAUCAUCCUGGGGGUAUUUGGCCUCGCCAUAUCUACCAUGGGCAUGAAAUGCACCAACUGUGGGGGGGAUGACAAAGUGAAGAAGUCUCGCAUUGCAAUGACUGGCGGAUUUGUCUUUCUGAUUGGGGGUCUGGCAGCGCUCAUUGCCUGCUCCUGGUAUGGGAACCAGAUCAUUCGGGAUUUCUACAACCCUCUCCUGCCAAUCAAUACCAAGUACGAGUUUGGUGCCGGAGUCUUCCUCGGCUGGGCCGGAUCCUUCCUGGCGCUGAUUGGUGGAGCCCUGUUGGCAUGUUCAUGUUCCCGCAAGAAUAACUACCAGAAGGGGUACCCCAAGUCCGGGGCAAAGACCAAGGCUCCAUCUUCUGCAAGGGACUAUGUGUGAUGCCUCAAACCCUGUUACCCACCUUAUUCAAGCAGCACCCCCCAGGUCACGGCUCUCCACUUGCACCCCAACAUUCAGCACUUAGGGGGAAAGAAGAACUGACUAGGUAGCGAGCCGCCCCGUGGCGGCCAUGUUGGACCCUUCCUGUGCUUGGCGGGGUGACUUGGAGGGAUACUGGGGUGCUGCUUCCUACUCCAUUUGUGUGACUGACCAAUGAACUGACAUUUCUAUGCUUGUUUAACCUGUUUAUAAUAAUGCAGCUGAUUGGCCGUGCCGGGGCUCCUAUGUGAUAUUGGGGGGCGGGGGGGGAUUUUAUUGAUGAAGUUUGUAAAGGGCAUUGGGGGGGAUUUUAACACUGAUACCCUAAUCCCAGAUCAGCAGUAAGUGCAAGUGGGCCUGAGCCUGGGGUGUAGGGGCCCCCCAUUAUGUAUCUAGAUUUAUACGCUUUGUGACUUGUAGCAGAUUUUCUUGUUUUUGUAAAUAAAACUUUUUUUCAAAGGGA